AUGCAGACUAUCAUCCCCUGUGAGAGUGUGCCAUCGGGCACUGUCCCAGCCUACACUGAGACCGAUUCCCCUCCCUUGCAAGCGCUGUCGACAGUCUCCUCUCUCAUGGGAACCUUCAUCUUCUUCCGAGAAAUAGCCGACUGUCUCACGAGUCAUGAACAAGACCAAGAUCUCUGUGCAACCUACCGCUACCUUCACGUCCAGCUCCUCCUGUUGACCGAGCGGGUCGAUGUCCUACAAGACUCUGAUAGAUCUGCCACGGUGGCCACGGUGGCUCAGUUAAUCCUCAAACGAUUCGCCUCUCUCCUUCGGUCCUCGAUGCGGCGUGGUGUUGCUCAAUCCCCAUCCCAACCAAUGCAGAUGCUGGAGGGUGUGCAGGCAGGAUGGGGUCCUUUAAAGUCGUGGCCGGAGAAGGUCGAGUACCUUCGAUCACACCUCUGCUGGGAGACCAAGCAGCGAUGGGAGGAAGUGGCCUCGUUCUUGGAGGACUGCGUGGACUUGCUUGAUGCGCCCAGCCCCGAUCCCGUCGCAGCGUCACGACGUCCCAUCCCGACAGUCAAUGCUUCAGCGCCCAUUUCGGUGUACAUGGAAGCGACCUUGGUCUUUGAUGCGCUACUAGCCAGCUCGCAGGCGUGCCAAUGCAUGCCGGGCCAUGAAUAUACCGCGCGAUUGCGCCUGGAAACGUAUGGAAACCGGCGGCAAAGGGAAGGAAAAUAUGCAUUCAAUCUCAUGCUCGGCUUUGAUGAGUCGUAUUGGCAAGAGAUACUGAUCCAUGCCGCCCUCCCCGAGAAGAAGGCAAAAGUGCGCAUCGUCGGGGAGAGCAAAGCUCGAAAGAGACAAGGGCCGGUUUCGAUGCUGGUCAAGAAGCUAUGUGACCACAUCAGGCCUCAGAACUUCCGCCGUUGCCUGAACAUGGGAGUAGAGAACGGUCAACUGUGGAAGUUGCAGUCCCUUAACAGCCAGAUGCAGCUCGGAAGUAUACCAAUCCGCCUCGAGAGGAUCCUGGAAGCACAUCCAAAGAGCCUGGGGGAUAAGAUCAAAAGGGUGCUGGCGGUGCUGCUGGCGCAUUGCAUCAUGCAUCUGUAUGGAACUCCCUGGCUGCAGCCCGGGUCUUUUAAUUCAUCCAAUAUAAUCUUUCUCGGCACCACCGCCUCCGUGCCUUUGCAACCCUUCAUCCAUUCAAGGGUCUGUACACAGGUUCCCAGGGACGAUGAGCCGGAGGAUGAAGGUAAUCUCGACCCUGAUUAUGUCCCACUGCAUCCCCAUCCGAACCUUGUCAUGUUGGCCAUCAUGCUCAUCGAAAUCUAUAUGGCUACCCCGAUUCGUUCCUUUAUACGGUCAAAUGGUACUAGCUGGCAAUCGUUGGAAUUGAUAGAUGAGAAUUCCCAUCUAGAUCUCGCCCAGGAGGCGUUUCAAAGGUGUCGCUCCAACCUUUUAGAUAAUUACCGCAUUGCGGUGGACCGUUGUCUGGAUGUCUAG